AUGUCAGACGCCUUGAAAACACUAGGAGAACUGAAGGUCGAUGAUCUUGGGUCAUAUUGGGCAGUUUGUAAUGCAUUAGACGCAGAGAGCAAGCUUCUUGCUCGAGAUGAAGACCAUAGACGGUUUCUGGGCCAACAGCCCACGCCACUCUGGCAACGACUUGAUCUUGCCUGGAAGACGUUUACAGAGCGGGUAACUAAGGCCGAACACCUCGAAAGCGGGGACAUACAGACUUUACUCACGUUGGCACGCUUCACGCGGAAUCUCGUCGCUGGCGUGGCUGAGAAUCAGGUCGAAGCUUUCAAUUUUGAACCUUAUAUUCGUUCAGCGAUUCGAUAUCUUACAUCGUGGACCAUGCUUCAACGGGAGGAGGUGACUAGCAAUCCGGAACUGUCGAGUUCGCUGUGGCAAUCGUAUAUGCGCGACGCUGAAGACUCGAACUUGUUUUUGAGGAUACUCGUCGUCGAAGAUAUCAAGGGACUCAUUGCUGGCUUCGUGCUCUUACUCAAUGUGACAAACGGAAGCAGAGAUAGCCUUAGGCUCCUUGUAGAAACAAAAGCCGGUCGGAGGGUAGCUGACAAACUACUCACGAGGAUGGCCAUCCUCUUGGAGGCUCCAGAGGGAUCAGAAGAAGCACAAGCAUGUGACAUAGGCUACCAAUUCAUCAAGCAGGUGUUCGAGCAUGGGCUCGCGGUAGAUCUCUAUGAACAUAUUGCACAAGAAGGUGAACCAGUCAUGGCGAACCAACGCAUACUCCUCAAGCUGUUCGACGGAUACCUUCAAUCACCGACGAUGGAAACAUCAAUAGAAGCAUAUUAUGCGCGUGACAUUCCAAAGCUCUACCUCAUCAUUGCAUACAAAUCACUCAAGUCGAUCAAGACAUCGCUCGAGACGGCAGAAUCCCCCGAUGGGCAUUUGCCUGUUCUGUCCGAAGCGCUUGUACUCGUGGCGCAAUGCUGCCAAGCCCUUCUCCUCCGCGAAGCCACUUCCACGCACAGACCAAUCCUACAACAGAUGCGCAUCAAGCGCAUACAAGGCCAAGGAACCGUAGAGGUUACAAUUGACGUGUUACGCGAGUUGAAUGUUCUCCUCCCUCGUAUUGAGUUUGGCAAAUCGGUGCCGUCGCCAUUUACAAAAGGCAUGAACCACCCACCAGAAGAAACGGAUCCCAUGGAGUUUCCGUAUCUCAAGCGUGACCUCAUUCGACUGCUUGGUACAAUGGUCUACAAGGACAAGGGGAUGCAAGACCGAGUGAGGGCGUGCGGGGGUGUUGAGGUCGUCAUGAGCCACUGCGUAAUUGAUGAUCGAAACCCUUAUUUGAGAGAGCACGCCAUCUUCACGCUCCGUCAUCUCCUCGAGGAUAACCUCGAGAAUCAGAGAGUAGUCAAGGAAUUGAAGCCCCUCCGCGACUUCGACGCUGAAGGGAUAUUAAGGGAUGUCGUUCCCUAA